UGACUUGCAUUAUUAAUUCCUUUAAUUAUUUUUAUUUUUGUACUAGUUUGAAUUCAUAGAUAAAAGGAGGAAUUCAUGUUGUAUUGACAAUAUGCAUUUAAUUUUUUUUUUGUUAUGUUUACAUUUUCAAUAAUAUGUUCUGAGAGAACGUAGCCUACGUAAAUGAGGCAAAGUAGAUAUUUAAUAGUUUGCUAUGAGAGGCUUAAAUCGUUGAAUGGCGAUGGUAAUUUAUGACAAUGAGAGUAAUAUAUGACACCAAUUUGGAAUGGUGUGGAACGGAAGAUGUGGACAGUACUCCAUCCAAUUUUUCUGUUACUAAUUUAGAUAUAAUCGGUUUGAUAUACUCUAUUAUUGCACACUUAGUAGAUGCUGGAGUAGAUAUUUAUUUAGCAUGUUAUUAUUUUUCAAAUUCAAAUUAUGACUACUUUUCUUGGACCGUUGUCUUUAUUGCUGUACCAGCUGUGAUAAAUACCUGCAUCUCACUUACUAUGUAUGCAGAAGACGCCCAUAAUUUGAAUCAAAAGCGUUCAACACCAUGCUUGCUUAUUAAAAGCAAAGGAAGUAGGUGUUUAGGUGCUUUUCAGAUAUUUAUGCAUAUUUUGCAAUUAGCAACAGUAGCACGUUGCUGCGAUAGUCUUAAAUUUGCUUUUGCAAGUAGACAUGCUGAAAAAAAGAAUGAUAGAAAGGAACAGAAAUUGCAAUAUGAAAAUAUGUUAAAAGAAGACAGUGACAUAUCAUUACUACGUUUAAUUGAGUGUUUUCUUGAGUCAGCUCCUCAACUAGCUUUACAGCUAACAAUUAUUUUGCGAGACAGUGAAAGUUGGAAAGUUUUACAAAUUGUAUCAAUUAUUUCUUCAUUUCUGGGCAUAGUCUGGAGCAUUGCAGGAUAUCAUCGAGCUAUUCGUUUUGCACAAUAUGAUAAACAUAACAUUACAUGGUGUGGAACAGGCGUUCAAUUUAUGUGGCACUUUUGUAUAACAUUUUCUCGAGUAUUAUCAUUGUCUGCUGCUGCAACUAUAUUUCCCCUCAAAACAAUAGUGGGAUGCUUUGUUCAUUGCAGUUUUAUGACCCUGUGGAUAUUUUGCUUUGACCGAUCUCCUUUUUGUGGCAAAACUCUGUUCCAUACUUUUUUAUUUUCGGGUGUUUUGGGUUUAGUGUACUUAUUUACUUACAUAAUGUCUAAUGAUGGAAGAACUGCCAAAAAAUAUUCAUUCUACUACACAACAUGUUUUAUUGAAACGAUUAUUUGUGUAUCCAUAUAUGCUGUGUAUGUGGAAGAGAAUUUUCAUCCAAAACAUAUUUAUUUUGGUAUAAUUGUGAUGAGUAUCAUUCCAUACGUUUUAGGAAUAUGUUUUAUGAUUUUAUACUAUAGCAAAUACCAUCCAAAAAAAAUAAAUGUGGUUGCAUGA